UUUUACUCUUGAUUUUCUCUCUACAAACCAGUUUUAGCUGCAGUGCUAUUGACAGUUCACACUUAAUAGACAUGUACCGCUCCAUUGCAAGGUUGGCGCUGCAGCAUCAGCGGUGUUUAGUUCGGCAUAUAAACUCUGCGGCUAGAAAGAGGAGAUCUCUCCCUAGUGCUUUCCCGGUGUUAGACCUUCCCCUCCAAGCCAUCCACCAGCAUGUUUAUGAAGCUAACCAUCGCAACAGCAAAACCUGUCACAACAAGUACAUAGAGCUGAAUAAGAAGGUGACUAAAGGAGGGGGUGACAAUGCCAUUGCCAGACACACUCAGAGGAACAGAAAGUUGUUGGUUCAGGAUCGACUGCGCCUACUAUUGGACGAUGAAGACUUCAUAGAGCUGUCACGCUUUGCGGGUUUGGGUCUACCAUAUGGAGAUAUUCCAUCAGCCGGCUGCCUGACGGGUAUCGGCAGAAUUAAUGGCCUGUGGUGUGUGUUCAUUGCCAAUGAUGCCACAGUCAAGGGUGGCACAGCUUACCCAAUCACAGUUAAGAAGCAGCUGCGAGCACAAGAGGUGGCAAUUCAGAACCGCCUGCCUUGUGUCUAUCUGGUUGACUCUGGAGGAGCGUUUCUGCCACUGCAGUCAGAGAUCUUUCCUGACAAGAACCAGGGGGGGAGAACAUUCUAUAAUGAAGCCAUAAUGUCUGCAAUGAAAAUUCCACAGGUAUCGGUGGUGUGCGGUUCCUGCACAGCGGGCGGAGCUUACAUCCCCACCAUGGCAGAGGAGGCAGUUAUGGUGCACCGUAUCGGAACCAUGUUCCUGGGAGGACCACCACUAGUCAAGGCUGCCACAGGAGAGGAAGUCACACCAGAGGACCUUGGAGGAGCCAGGCUUCAUGCUGAGGUGAGUGGCUGUGUGGACCAUUUUGCCUGGGAAGAGAAGGAGGCCUUUGAGUAUACUCGAAACAUCAUAUCCACCCUCAACUUCACACUGCCUGAGGAGAAUGAGAAUGAAGAGAAUAUGAGGAAUGAAGAAGAAAGGCCACUUUACAGUUCAGACGAGCUCUUGGGUCUUGCCCCCAGAAGUUACAACUACAGUCUGGAUGUUAAAAUGGUUAUAAGUCGGCUGACAGAUGGCAGCCGCUUCCAGGAGUUUAAAGGUUGCUUUGGAACCACACUCAUCACUGGCUUUGCGAAGAUAUAUGGUCAUCUGAUAGGAAUAGUAGCCAACAAUGGAGAGUUGUCAUAUCAAGCAGCUCUGAAAGGCAGUCACUUUGUCCAACUGUGCGACCAGAGAGACGUCCCACUCCUUUUCCUCCAAAACACUGCACCAUCAGCCGCACUCACCCUCUCAGUGCCACAGGCAGAAAUUCACAGCAACCGUAUCAAGGCUCAGGGUUCUAUGAUGUCAGCAGUGGCCUGUGCAUCCGUGCCCAAAAUUACAGUAGUGAUAGGUGGUUGUCACGGUGCCGACAGCUAUGCAAUGUGUGGACGGUCUUUUGACCCAAACUUCCUGUUCCUUUGGCCCAAUGCUAGAGUGUCCAUGACGGCUGCAGGUCACGCUGGUUCUCUGCUUCAUCCCAACAGUGAGCACCAACAGGAUGACAAAGAGAUGGCAAACAAAAUGGAGCACAAUCUCAACAAGAAGUUCGAGGAGGAGAGCUCAGCUUUUUUCUCUUCUGGACGACUAUGGGACGACGGAGUCAUUCUUCCACAAGACACUCGAAGGGUUCUUCGAGAUUGCCUGGAUAUCAUUAAACAGCAGCAGUAUCAACUUUCAACAGAGAAACUACAAUCGGUACUUCUACGCAUUUAGAAAGGUCCGUCGGGCAUGCUUGACAUGACAGCCGUCCAUGAACUACUUUACCAAUACUGUUUCGUAUAAAUGUCACCCAAACUGCCUGCGCAGAAGACAGGCAAGCAAACCACUGAACCAUUGGUGACUCAUAAUUUUUGGAGGUUUCCAGGUUUGUCGAAAAAAAAAAAACAUGUAUGUUAUCAUUUACAUGCACCGGAACAUAAAUGCAGUGCUAUUUUAAGUACAACUUCAUUGGAAUACAUUUGCAAAAGACUUUGUUUCUUUUAAUUGGAGCAGAAUUGCAUUUGUGUGAAGGCUGUUGUGAUUUUUGGACAGUAAAGCUGAUUACAGUUUUACUUAGUAAUUAUCUGGGCCUUUGCCCCAUGUAAUAAUGUGUUGGUGAAUGUAUAUAUUGUACUGUAAAUAAAGGUAAGAUUUGACUGCCACAUAAACAUGCAGCUAUAGUUUUUGACCAGUUGGUGGCUCUGCUUACCUUCCUACACAUCCUGCCUUGCUCACUGAAAGGGGAAUGUGGUUUUUCCCUUGCCCAAUAGCAGUAAGAUCAGCUGUGAAAGUGGCUAGAAUUUCUUGCCGGAACUCCCUGAGAGUUAUACCAAUAACAAUCUGAAGGAGAUGGUACCUUUUCUCGUAGGCACCGUCUAACUUUGCAUUACUCUAACAUACACAGUAUAAAAUAAAUAGCAAUUGUACCAUAGCUUAAGGAAAAUAAGCAGAAUAGAGGGCAUAAGAGAUAACGCCUUCUUAUCAUGGAAGCCCAGCGCGUGCUUCAUACAACUAACUGAGCAAGACUGACGCUGACAAGCCCACGUCUGCACCACCAAGUCUGGCAAUCACUUCUCCCGGACAGUCCACAACAAAUGGCGGGACUGUUUGUCCUAACACAAGGAACACAGGAGAACACCCGAUAUCCAACUGAUAAAAUGACUGACAAGACUCCAAGAGCCCCGUUGACGCUGAGGUGGCAAAAUCCACAUCCUCGUUGGCCGGACAACAGUAACUCCCAAAUCCUCAGGUCCAAUCCACAAGACAAUAAAACAAUAAUCAAUAAUCCCAAACACAUCCUUCUUCUGAUAUGGUGACCUUGGAACAAGUUUGCCUCCUUGCCUGAGUGUUUCUGUUUCGCCUUGCCGUUUUGAUCUGUCGAUCCUGAAUAAAUUGUUUUCGGUGAGCCUCCUUUAAACCUUUCAAAAAUGGAGUCAGUACAAAGGGUUAAGACUAAGGUGAACGCGCGGAGUUUGCCCUUCUGGUCGGAUUGCCAGGGUCUCCCCAGCCCGGACAGUUAGAUCUGCGCCAGCGUGGGUCUGGCGGUUCGGCUGGCGUGAUCCCGGCGAUCUGGGUAGAAGGUCA